AUGAAAUUUUGCUCAUCCGCUAUUCUCUCUCUCUUGAUUGCUACGAGUGUGGCAGCGCCUAGCACUAAAGAUUACCUUUACGUGAAAACAAAGCUCAAGAGUGUCCCUAAAGAAGACAGGCUCUCGAAAAGGGCAGGCUACUAUGACACGCCACUAGCAAACCAGAUAUUUCAGUAUGUAGCUACUUUUGAUCUUGGGACACCUGCUCAAACUGUGGAGGCCAUGAUUGAUACUGGCUCAAGUGAUCUCUGGGUUUACACCAAGUCGUCUGGACAAAACAGUUCAUAUAGCUCCGCGGAUUCAUCAACUUACAAGCUGUUAAACCAUGACUUCGAGAUUCAAUAUGUGUCGGGUAGAGCUAGUGGAGACUGGGCACAAGACACUUUGAAAAUUGAUGGAGCUUCAAUCACCAACCAGCAGUUCGGUACUGUCUCGACAGGUUCUGAGUCCCCAGCUGUUUUCGGUAUUGGUUUAAUGACUGGUGAAUCGGCCAGUACUAGAUACAAGAAUGUUCCACAGAGUCUUGUAGACCAGGGCUACAUUGCCAGAAAUGUGUUUUCUUUGUAUCUCGAUGACUUAGAUGUAUCAGAAGGCGGACUUCUAUUUGGAGCAGUUGAUUCUGAAAAGUACAUUGGCCAAUUAUACACCGUCCCUAUCACCGAUAAUGCCUCGUUUAAAGUCACCCUGAGCAGUAUCUCAAGCAAUGGAGCAACUUUGGAAUCAUCAGCCAUUGGGGGAAUUCUUGAUUCUGGUACGUCAUUAACAUAUUUGCCCAGAGAUACUGUUUCGUCAAUUGCAAACCAUCUUGGCGCCACUUAUGAUUACAGCGAGGAAGCCUACUUUUUAGAUAAGAUUCCUUCAAAGAGUAUUACUUACAACUUUUCGGGUGCAGCAAUUACUGUUCAGGGAUCGGAGCUCGCGAUACCUGCAUCUGACUUCAAUCUGACCGGGGGAUCCAAACCUUAUGUGCUGAGUAUCUUUCCCAAUACCCAAUCAUCCGGAUAUAAUCUCUUGGGCGACAGCUUCCUUAGAAGCGCUUAUGUGGUAUAUGAUCUCGACAACAACCAAAUAUCUAUUGCUCAAUCUAGCUGGAAUAGUGACAGUUCAGAUAUUAAGGUUAUUUCGGACACCGUACCUGGAGCUGUGGCUGCUCCAAGCGGCAGCAGCGGAUGA